AUGUGCCUUCAAGAGAAUUCUGAGAUCGUUUCAAACCUAAUAAGUGGUAUUAAGGCGGUGCUUUCUCGUGCGAUCGCAACGCUGGAUAACAUAUCGUUGUCAACACCGUUCACCGAAUCCAAAAAGGAGUCGGCUCGUCUCGCAAAAGAUCUCCGCGAUUUCGUCGUUAAUCUUCAGCUUGCUCAGAACCGCCCGCAUUCCGGCUACGGGUUCAGCGAGGGGCAGCAUGUCAUUGUGGCUUUCUCACAAGCGGGACUCCACCCUCCAUGCUACGUAUAUUCUAAGGAAAAAAACCUGGCAAAGACCAACGAAGCUAGAAGCAGCCCCCCGUCAACACCACAAGCCACUAGUACCAUGACAACUGGAAACACCACUGCUACAAGUUUGUUUGGCAGUCCUCGCACCAUAGCCGCCGAUGGUGGAAGUACAGAAACUGCUUCCACGAAGACUGCACCAGCUCCGGCCACGUCUGCAGCUCGCUCUACUCUAAUGAUCACGGCGAAAAGUGCUUCUCCUUCUGCUCAGGCUCACACGGCGAAACCGGAGUCUUCUGCUCCAACUCCUGCCAGUCUUACAAAAACUGCUCUUCCUACGACACCUCCUCCGGUCUCGACAAAUGCUGCCCCUCCAACGACUCCACCACCGGUCAGCUCGACGAAAACUGCUCUUCAAAAGCCUCCAUCCCCACAAGCCUCGAAACAGCUACCAACUCCAAUUCCUCAGGCGACUCCUGGGCAGACGGUACAAAAUUUCCUGAUUAUUUAA